AUGGCAUACCGCAUGUGGGAAUUAUACGAAUUACCGUCUCUUCGUAGAACAGCUACAGAUAUAUGGGCUGUGAAAACCACAACUAGCCUUGAACGACCUCGAUACAUAAUUAUCGGUUUUCAAAAUAUUGAGAAUUCCGAUGAUAUAUCGAAGGAUGUAACAAAAUUCACACAUGCCAACAUCAAUAAUAUCCGCCUAUAUUUGAAUUCCGAAGUCUAUCCAUAUGAACGCUGGAAUCUGGAUUUUGACAAAAAACUAGACUCAGCAGCCUAUUACGCCUAUGAAAAUUUCCAGAGAAGCUACUACGAUAAAGAUAUGGGUGAACCGAUGAUGAACAUUGAAGAAUUCAGAAAGAAUCCUCUGUUUCUCAUUGAUUGCCGCCACCAACCAGAUGCUCUGAAGUCAUCAAACGUUGAUAUCAAGCUGGAGUUUGAGACUCGUAGAACACAAUUUCCUGACAAUACCAGAGUCUAUGCGUUAAUUCUUCAUGAUGCAUAUCUGACCUAUAGCGCUUUGGAUGGAUCGAUUCAAACAAGAGCUCCUUGA